AUGUUCAUCCUCGAUAUGCUCGAUAAUCUCCCACGUCUCAGGCUGUCAAGUGAUCACUUCAAAGUCGUACUUUGGGCGCUGCGGGAAUUGGGUGUUUCAGGAGUGCCGACAUUCAGCAAGUUUCGUAAAACCCAAGACCACCUGAAUCAUCAGACCUGCGGCGUACACACCGAUGUCAAACACUCACCUCAAGGGGACAUUUUCUAUCAGAACCGAGUGUCUGACUUGUUAGCCUUGGAUUAUGCCAAUCCUCAGACGAGGCCACAUGGACACACACACUGGUACAUCGGAGAGCUCGCAAUGCUCGCGUCGGGCAAGCUGGUUAUUCCACAUACAUGGUACCGCUACCAAUCACAGGGUGAGGUGUACGGUGAAGGCUACGAAGUCAUGGUCACCGAUUCUGAGCAAGGGGGCGACACACAGUUUGAUGUCCGGCUUGACACGCUCGUUGAGUUCAAGACUUCUGACCUCCAUAUCAACUAUCCCGAGCUGGAAAGCAACGGGCUUGGCAACAGGCUGUCCUGUGAGUCGCACGAUCAGUACAAACAGACAAUCAAGUUUGAUGAUCGUCUGAUUUACUUACUGCGCACGCCCGCCACAAUCUCAGGCCCAUUACCCAAGGGUAUCUACAAUGGGUGCAAUCCUCUGCGGGACAUAGCGAAGGGUCGCCGAAUGUACACGAGCUAUGUGAAGGCCUGGGGUGAUGACGUGUCAGGAAACAAGAGCAAGCAAUACAAUGAACACACGAACAUAUACCUUGCACAUGCCAAUCUACCGCACACGAAACUAUCCCAAGAAUAUUUCGUCCGCUUCUGCUCGACUUCACCGCAUGCAAAUGCCGGCGCCCAAUUUGAUGCAAUGGUCGACUCGGAGGUUCUUUUUCGUGUGAUUCCUUGCCUGUUUCCUGCCGACAAUCCACAACAAUCGGAGAAUUGCUCUCACAUUGGUUUACAUGGGAACAUGUGGUGUCGGCGCUGCAAGCUCGGAGGGUCUGAAAAGGAACGCGAAACUGAUCAGAACUAUCAUGCGCAUUUCGAUGUUGAUCCCAACAAUCUCCGUACUGCCCAACAGACGAGAGACGACGUACUGACGCAGAUUCGAUUAGCAGCCCUCGGUGUCAAGAAAGACGUUACACAGCGACAAACGGAAACAGGUACCAAGGACAAGCUUGCCGAACAUUGGAUCAAGAUCCUUCUCGAUCGGGCACGCGAUGAACAGCAGCGUCGUAUCACAACCCCUGCUACUGCUGAUGCCCGGUUGAAGGGUGUUCAUGGCGGGAAUCGUACACAAGUUGUCCUUGUAAUCAAGAAAGAGAUUCAAGCCGAGUUGCUUGAGUGGGUCGUCACACAGCCACCCGAGACAUACAACAAGCUCCCACCCGAGUCACGUAUCGAUAUCCACCGCGAAACACCUGUCGAACUCCUACAUACGUACUUGCUUGGUCAAGACAAGUAUGUGUGGCAUUUCACACACUCAAGCUGGUCGCCGAAACAGUUCGAAAUGUUCGCUGUGCGGCUACAAUCGUCCUCGGUUGAUGGCCUUAAUAUUCUGCCGAUACGUGCUCGCUACAUCAUACAGUACAAAGACAAUCUGAUUGGAAAGCACUUCAAGGCCCUCCAGCAGCUCGGAAUCUUUCAUCUCGACGACACUAUCUCAGCAACAGGAGAGCUCGGCGCGCUUCUCUGGUUCACCGAGAUAGAAGAUAUGGAUAUGUACUUGGCUGAUCUCAAAACACUCAUAGCAAAUGUCCUCGACAUCUGGUCGCAGAUCGACCCAAAACGAAUCUUCGUCAAGCCGAAACUCCAUCUUCUGCUGCACCUUCUCUUCGACAUUCGGGAUCAGGGUCCAGCCGGACUAUAUGCAACUGAGAUAUUCGAAUGCUUUAACGCGAUCUUCCGAAUGUGCAGUGUCCUUUCCAACCACCAGGCCCCGAGUCGCGACAUCGCAUGGGCGUGCGCUGACAUGGAUCGCUUCAAGCACCAGGUCAGUGGUGGAUGGUGGAAGGAUCCUUCUGGCAAAUUCGUCCAGGCUGGCGAACGUGUGCGCCGUUACUUUGACAACGACGACGUUCAACGACGACUUGGACAUGCAUCCCAGGCAUCUUCCCCACCUGGUACGAUACAUCGCAGGAAGACUGAAUCCCAGAUCACGACCUGGGAGGCUGUAUCGUCCGAUAAUCAGCAGCACGAUGACAAGUACAGUCCUCAAUCACAAUGGUUCACUUGCCUCUCUGUCAUCGCGCGCACCGGAGAUGUCUGCCGAGUCGGCUCAUGGAUUUUCUACGACUUCAAGGCUGAUACAACACGUGUCGGGCGUAUCAAGGCGAUCCUACAACCGACCACUGGACCCGCAAACCAAGACGACACGAUCAUCGUAGAACAAUUCUCCUUGGCUAACAGCCGGCACCCCCAUUUCGGUAUGCCAGAGCUAUUCAAGAUCGACAUCAAUAACCUGAAUUGUGUCAGUCCAUCAGACGUCAUCAGUGUCGUGAACGUUCAGCAUAACUGCAUCGACGGAGGGUGUGAACCUACAGGACGAAAACGACGAAAGCAGGAGCGAACACUCACGGAGAUCGAAGAGCCAUACAUCGAGCACAAAGACGACACGCGGUACAUCAUCAACACGCAUGCACUGCACAACGCGGCCCUUCUCCGCAAAAUCCUCCCUCGACACCUUACUGCUCCCAUUCCAUACAUCGACCCAGAAUUGCGUGAAGCCGCACAUCACCGGAUGGCCGCAUCCCUCAGGGCUGUCCAGGACGUGCGACGAACCAAGGAGGCAGAGGCGCCGCCCUCAGCAAGUACGUCGGGAUCUCAUCUCGACGAAACCCUUCCGAGUCAGUCUACGAACUCUAGGCCGGCGGCGCCGCGCCCCCAGCCACGGAAACGAGCACGUUUAGAAAGUACGACGGAGUGUCGAGACAGCGAAGGAGGAGAUGGGCAGGCAAUGCAGAGCUGA